AUGCACCUGUGCGAGCAGCCGAUGAAUUUGACGCGGAGGGCCUGCUGCCACCUGGUCCUUCUCCUCAACGACACUUCAAAGGCUCGUUUUUUGAAAUCACGUGUGCCGGAGUGACGUAAAAUCUCUUAUACUCCGUAAAAAAAGGUUUUGAAAGGCGAGAUGGAUAGGUUGGCAUGGGCGACGCGUUGAGUGUGCGAUGCGGCUUCCUGGCGAGCCGUUUUUCUCCUUUUUUUUUGGCAUUUUUUUUAAAGAAUUGUAAUUUUCAUGAGUUUGAAAAGAUUCUGUAGAGAAUAAAGGUUUAAAAAUAAUUUUAAAAAAACUUAUUUUUUCUACAUUUCCAAAGCCGCGUCGCACACGCAACGCGUCCCUCUUGUCAAUCUAAAAAAUCUCGACUCCGGGAAAAUUUUACUAUACAUCUUCUAGUAGAUCAUUUCGAUCACCAGCUCUUGAUUUUUUUCUUUUUGAAAGAUUCGUUUUUUUUUCUAGAAAAGGUGCAUUAACAUACACAAACCAAGAAAAGGGCAGAAAUCGCCAGUCUCCAGCUCGUAUUCAAAAUCAAACCGAUUCAAUUUGAAAGAAGCGACGGAGUCACAAAUUGGAUAGAAUCAUGACCUUCUUUUUUUCUUCGAAAUCAGCCUUCGUCUGAAAUCCAACAUUCUACAUUUAGAUUCGAUUAAAAUUGAGCUGUCCUUUUCUUGUGUAAUUACGCAUUUUCAGGUCCCUUUGUGUACGGUAGACGAGUUUCUGGAUAAUUCAACGCGAGUUCUUGUGAGUUUUUGAAUUAUCUCAAGAGAAUAUUUUAUGCUUCCCAAUAGUAAGAGGGAUUUAGUCAAUUAUCAGUUCUUUCGUAGAAGUUUGGCUGAUCUUCUUAAUUUGAAAGUCUUGGAGCAAUAUCCCAAGUGAAAAUAUCAAAUUUUGGUCUCAGAGAACGCCAGUCUACCUCGCUGAACCGGCCGAGGAGCGGGAGGACCACGUCACUUUUGUCGUCGGAAUCUUCCUUCUGAUGUUGAUCGCCCUCGGGUGCACCUUCACUCUCAGCAAACUCACCAAACCCAAGUAAUCGUCCAAUCUUAACCUUCAAAGAUCUUCUACAGAAUAUCCGUCGGCUACGGUACUUCUUCCAACUAUGACGUCAUGAUGUGGAUGCCAUCGUCCUACCAUAGGAGGUACUAAUAUAGGCAAGGCGGAGAGACCCUUUGAGCGUCCUUUAUAAAUCAAAAAGUUCCGUUUAUUGUUCCUAAACGGUUUCCUUUUUACUGCCUUUUUCCGUCCUUUCUUCGGCCUUCAUCUACCCUUUUUGGACCCUUUUGAGAUAGAAAAUUUUUUUUUGUAUUGAGAAUAAUUUUUACCAGUGACUGUGUAUGAACCCAAAUGUAAAAAGACCAAUGCCGAGAAAGAAAAUAUCAAGAAAGGGUCAAGGCUGCAAAACGGAACCCUUUUAGCGGCCAUUUUGCAGUCACUUCCUUUUUGCACCCGUUUCCGUACUUCCUUUGGCAGUGUAAAAUCACGAGGUUUCCGGUCUUUGAAGCUGGAUUUCUUAAAAGCACAGACUGUCAGUUGCUCUUUCUCAAAAGGGAGCACGUCCCAGGGAUCAAAGUUAAACGACCUUAAUGAGCUGAAAAACCUUUAAAAAUCAAAACUAUCCGAUUCAGAUCGUCUGUACUGGUACUCCUCCGCGGAAUGACCUGCCGAAGAGAUCCUUCCAAUAGGGAAAGUAGCGUCAGCGUCGUUUCUUCACACGUCCCGUGAGCUUUUAAUAUUAUAUCCACAAGAUGAAAUUAAAGUUCGUUUAAGAUUUUGAAGAAGUUCCAGAUUAUUACCAUCGUAUCAAACGGCGACGACGACGCCGACGUCUUCGCUUCCCCCGCCGCCGUAUUCUGAAGAUCGGCCCAUUUUGUCAUAG